AUGAGCACCUCUCAGGAACCGGACACAGGCUUUGGUUCUGACAGGUUUGUGUAUCCGGAUCCAAUUAACCCAGAGUUUGGCCGGCUGGUCAGGAAGUACGCCUACAGUAUGUACUGGUCCACCCUGACACUCACCACCAUCGGUGAAACACCGCCCCCUGUCGAGAACUCUGAAUACUUCUUUGUGGUCACAGACUUCCUGGUGGGAGUGUUGAUCUUCGCUACCAUCGUUGGUAACGUCGGCUCCAUGAUCACCAACAUGAACGCUGCGAGGGCCAACUUCCAGGCCCGCAUUGACGCCAUAAAACAGUACAUGACCUUCAGAAAGGUGACGGUAGACCUUGAGAAGCGUGUGAUCAAGUGGUUCGACUACCUGUGGACCAAUAAGAAAGCUGUGGACGAGAGGGAGGUGUUGAAGUUCCUCCCAGACAAACUCAGAGCUGAGAUAGCUAUCAACGUUCACCUGGACACCCUCAAAAAGGUGAAGAUCUUUGCCGACUGUGAGGCCGGUCUUCUGGUGGAGCUGGUGCUGAAGCUGCAGCCCCAGGUGUACAGCCCCGGGGACUACAUCUGUAAGAAGGGCGACAUCGGCAGGGAGAUGUACAUCAUCAAGGAGGGGAAACUGGCCGUGGUCGCGGACGACGGCAUCAAACAGUUUGUCGUCCUCAGUGACGGCAGCUACUUUGGAGAGAUCAGUAUUCUGGCCAUCAAAGGGAGUAAGGCGGGCAACAGGCGCACGGCCAACAUCAGGAGCAUCGGCUACUCCGACCUCUUCUGCCUGUCCAAGGACGACCUGAUGGAGGCCCUGACGGAGUACCCCGACGCCAAAGCCAUGCUGGAGGAGAAGGGACGGCAGAUCCUGAUGAAGGACAACCUACUGGACCUGGAGGUGAGGCUGCUGCCCGGCAACACCAUGGAGGACAAGGUGGACCGCAUGACCUUGAACCUGGACGCGCUGCAGACCCGCUACGCUAAGCUGCUGGCGGAGCACGAGGCAGGCCAGGGCAAGCUGAAGCACCGACUCACACGGCUGGAGAAGAAGAUGGUCCCGCCCACACUGCCCCCGGGGCCCCCCCCACCGUCGUCUUAG